ACAACAUUCUCGUCAAUGAAUGAAUAUAGUCCGUUUUUCGUUCCGUGACUAUGAAACCUUCUAAAUUAAUUAUAUAAAAAAAGGUGACCGAUGCUCUCGGUUCGGGCAAAAGUCGUCGUCGUUUUCAGUUCGCUUUCGAUUCUUGACGCGCUUAUUUCUCGAUCAUGUAGUCCGAGCGAUAUGUUUCCGGGACACAGCAACUUCCGUUUCAUGGGUCAAUAAAUUAAACAAUGACCAGCAAUAACCCAGCGAAUCGUACAAAAACCGAUCAAAAUAAUCCCCUCUAACAUCCGACCUUCAAAAAAUAAACAAUAAAGAAUUCACAUUUCACUGAUAAUCAUAUAUGAGGUUGUGAGAUAUUGAUGCUGUGGAUCAAAAUUAAAUGUAACAUACUAAAAUUUAAGUGUAUUUAUAGAGUCUAAGCAAAGUGUGGCGGUAUGAUAAAUUUAUAUCGGGACAAUUUUUCUUUUCUUGAUUGUUGUUAGCUCAAUAAUUGAGGGCGUGUCUAAUAGACAAUGCAACGUUGACCCACAUUUCUUUAUUGUUUAAGGAUGUCUUGCAUUGUUGUGCGGAUCGGGAACAUUACAAUGAGGAAGGAAAUAUCUACGUCGAGUGACGUCAUGACAUCAUGGCGCUGCUAAUGCGACGUCUCCUUGUAGACGCUCAGGUAAUUCUAGGCAAAGCUUCGCAGAAUGGUAGAAGAACAUUCAACCGACUUAACCUCUCGGAUAGAAUCCGAUUACCCCAACUCUAGUCCCGCCGCUGUCCCCAGCCCCGCUUGCAAUGCCCACGAAGUAAAAGUUACAGAAACCCUCCCAGCUACUACGGUGGGUCAAAUCGAUGUAACACCCCUCAAACCCACGCUUGGUGAUGGCAAAAUCAUCGAUUGUGAUGUAGAUAUUAAGAAUUCUGAUGAUAAUAAGAAAAACAAUAAGUCAAAUAGACCAAAAUGUAUUGAAAGUAAGAGAAGUAAGUCAUUGUCCGUAGAAAUAAAUGAAGAUGUUUGUAAGGAAGAUGUCAAAAAAACAAAAUCUCAUCCCAUAAAAACUGAAGAUUCGGUUGCUGAUAACGAGAAAGCCGUAGAAGAUAGUAAAGAAGUAGAGAUGACGGUCGAGGAGAGUAUAACGCCUGGUUUGAAAGGAAGUAGAUCGUCGCUGGAAACCAGGUCAGGUUCUCCAAAGCCUGGAUGUAGCAGUCAACCUGAUGUAGGAGAUUCGUCUUCGCCACGUUCACCGAGGAGCUCAGACGGGAAUCGCGACGACCUUUCAGCAUUGCUACCUUCGCCGUCAAAUUAUCCCAAAUCAUCGGCGACUAUUCGAAGACUCCGCCAGGAAAACGAGCGCCUUCAGGCGGAAGUGACGAGAUUGAAACGACUCGUUGUUUCUGGAGCCACUUCCGUUCUAGCAGAGAGAAAGAAUUUGACAGAAAACGCCGAUCCUAAUUCAGCAACUCACGCUUUGGAAUUGGAACUACAAUUAGCCAGAGAAGCUUUAUCAACUCUAAAAGCAGAUAAACGGCGACUGAAAGCCGAAAAGUUCGAUUUAUUGAAUCAAAUGAAACAGUUGUACUUGACGCUGGAAGACAAAGAAAAGGAACUCCGAGAUUUUAUCAGAAGUUACGGCCAGCGGUCGAGAGAUAACGAAACUUCAAUGCAACAACUUUCGACCGAAAGGGAAGAAAGAGAAAGAGAAAGGUGGAGUCUGCUUCGACAUGCGAGAGAUGAAGCUGAAAGAAGUUUGUCAUUAGCGGCACAACUUAACGCUAAAGAAUUACAACUUCAACAAGCACAAGAGCAAUUACAAGAAGCACGUCGACAAUUAGCUUCGAGCGGUUGUUUAUCAGAUCAAGAAUCAUUAGCUUCUUUGCCGCGGCAUAAUAUAAAUGGAGGUGCUCUAACCCCAGGUUCUGGUGGCUUACUUUCGGGACAUCACGGCUUAGGUCAACUACCCGGUGAUCGAGGAAGCUGUAGUGCCGAUUCCGGCGUAAGAGUAAGCUCGGAUAGAGAGAGUGGAGCUACCUCUGUAGCUGGAAACUUAUCAGAUUCUACUACUGAUGGUACGCCGACAAUUACAGUAGGAGAAGGACUCAAGGAUAUGGAUUCAGUGUCACUUAUCUCUUCAGUACCUCCACCACAUAUGUACCAAUCUUCAACAAAAGACUGCAGUCCCACUUUAUCCCCUUUAAACGCAAAUAAUUUCUCUAGCAGGUCUGUGGAACAAUUGAGUUCCCCGAUGGAACCAGAACCAAUUACUGUAGGUAGAAGAAAUAAACAAACCGUGAGGCCAUCUAGUGGUCGAGGUGGAACUUGGGGUAGCAUAUCUAGAGUAUUCGCUCGAUCAAGACAUAGAAACAAAUCAAAUUGUUUACAAGAAACAAGUGAAUCCUAUGAUCCGUAUCGUAGUUGGUCUCCAUUAACCGAGGAAGGUUAUGCCGAGAAAUUAAGACUGCUUAGGGAGGCGAAUAGUAUUCCGAUGGAAAGAUGGAGAGCAUCCACGGUAUUAGCAUGGUUGGAAAUUGCGUUGGGUAUGUCGCAAUAUGGUGCCAGAUGUGCCGAAAAUAUCAAAAGCGGAAAGAUUGGUCCUUUGCAUGGUCAGGUCCUCUUAGAGCUGAGUGAUUUGGAGUUGGAGUGCGGUUUGGGAAUCAACCACCCUAUGCACAGGAAGAAAGUCCGUUUAGCUAUAGAGGAACACAGAAAUCCUUCGAUCGUUAGAUAUCCUUCUAUCGCUCAACUUGGACACACUUGGGUAUGCAGCGAAUGGUUACCAGACUUAGGAUUAUCCCAGUAUUGCGAAAACUUCGCUGUGAACAUGGUAGAUGCAAGAAUGUUGGAACACUUGAGCAAAAAGGAAUUGGAAAAGUAUUUAGGAGUAACGAGGAAGUUUCACCAAGCGUCUAUUGUACACGGGAUCCAUUUACUCAGAAUAAUGAAAUACGAUCGGCAGGCAUUAGCAGUGAGAAGACACCAGUGUGAGUCUAUGGAUGCAGAUCCACUAGUUUGGACUAACCAAAGAUUCAUAAGAUGGGCUCGCAGCAUCGACUUAGCCGAAUAUGCUGAAAACUUGAAAGAUAGUGGCGUUCACGGUGGUUUGGUCGUACUGGAGCCGUCUUUCAACGGUGAUACGAUGGCGACAGCUCUGGGAAUCCCGGCGAGUAAGAAUAUAAUAAGACGUCAUUUGACAGCUGAAUUGGACGCACUCAUUUUGCCUGCCAGAUCAACACUAGAGCACUAUGUACGAGUUAGGGCUAAAUCGAGAGUACUAGGAGGAUCGUUAGGGCGUACCUUUUCUCGAUCGUGUGGUGGAUUAGUUGGAACUUCUACCGCCAAUAGGGAUUCUUUAACUAUUAGAGAACAGCAAAAGCCCAACAGUAUUAGGAUUUACAAUGGACGUCGACCCGAUUUUUAGAUAGUUUGUACCUCAAAGAAACAAACACCAAAGUUUAGUAAGAAAUAUUCGUUUUUCUAGAAUAAGCCUCUAAUUUUUUUUUCAUGUUCUGUGAUAUUGUUUUUGUGACAUUUUUCUUGAUAUUGAUUGUUUUUAAUUAUUAUUCAUAUUAUUUUUUAUUCCAAAUAUUAUUCUAAUAUAUAUCUAGUAAUAAGUUUUUUGUUAGUUCAGUUUAUGUAAGUGGAAAUGCGCGACAAUUUUUUUAAUUCGGUGUAGAAAAUCGCGACAAAUCAUUAAUUAUAAUGUUGAUAUUGCUUUUUAAUUCCCAUACCUUUGUUAUCAACUAAGUUUCAGUUUGUAAUUAUUGUGCUGUAUUUGGUAAUAUUCAAUAAAUAUUGAUCAACCAGAAUCAA